AUGUCCAUAAUAUCUAUAUUUUAACCGAUUAUAGUGCGUACAAUAAUGUACAUGAUUCUUAUCAAAAUUCAAACAUGAAGUAACCAAGCCAAUCCUAAACUCUGAUUUCCUAACUAACCCGUACGUUCUUGGUUCUUACAAAUCUUGCAUGCCAUUACUUUAGACCUAGUUACGUUACAUCUGAGGGUUUAUUAAUGUUUUCCGUUAACGAACAAAGAGGAAGAAGAGCUGACGGAAUUGUCGAAUGGAAUGUGUGCACAUAACAUGUUUGAUGAAUUUCUCAAAUGAACAUUCACCAUGCUUGUUUUGCUGAACUCCGCUUUGAAACGCUGUUGGCUCCAAAACAAGAGCGCCUCUUCUAUUCCACAUUGCACCCAAUAUCUACACCUUCCCAGUUGCAAGACCUCUGCAACAUUGGUGGACUAGAUGACCAGCAUUUUUGGUCUUGUAGCUGAGACUUUUGUUAAACUGGGAAAACAAGAUGAAGAAGCAUCGAGUAUUUUCAAGGAUGCGUUGUUGAUUGUUGGGGUUGGAUGUUGAUUAAAGGUUGUAUUCCUGCAAGCAGGAAAAGAGUUAUUCAAGAGCAUGUCUUCUCGUUACUUCAAAGCUGCAACAGCAAAACGAACCUUGUUCAAAUUCAUAGCCAAGUAGUUCUCAACGGCCUCUCUCAUAAGAAUAACAUCAUCACCAAACUUCUUUCAUUCUAUGCAGCCUUUGGUAAACUUCAACAUGCUCACAAACUUCUCAUUAAAAUUGAUAACCCAAGCACCGCUGUUUGGAACCACAUGAUUAGAGGCUACACCCGCAGCCGUACACCAUGGAAAUCGGUUCAAUAUUACAACCAAAUGGUGUCAACUGAGUCUGAACCUGACGAGUUCACAUACUCAUUUCUCUUGAGUGCUUGUGCACAAGGUGGGUUGGUAAGAGAAGGGGAACAGGUGCAUGCGACUGUUCUAGCAAAAGGGUAUUGCUCAGACGUGUUCGUGAACACUAAUUUGAUAAAUUUUUAUUCGAACGGAGGUGGUGUUGAGCAAGCACGCCAUGUGUUUGAUGAUAUGACUCAAAGAAGUGUUGUUAGCUGGAAUUCCAUACUUGCUGGGUACGUUAGGUGCGGUGAUUUUGAUUCAGCGGGAAAAGUUUUUGAGGAAAUGCCAUAUAGAAAUGUUGUGUCUUGGACAACCAUGAUUGCUGGGUGUGCUCAGAAUGGGAAAUCUGAACAAGCUUUGUUGUUGUUUGGUCAGAUGAGGAGAGCACGUGUGGAAUUCGAUCAUGUGGCGUUGGUGGCAGCGUUAUCAGCAUGUGCUGAAUUAGGGGAUCUGAAGUUAGGAAGAUGGGUCCAUUGGUAUGUUCAAAAGAGACAACAACAACCCUCUGUCCGCUUGAACAAUGCACUCAUGCACAUGUAUGCAAGUUGUGGAAUUAUUGAUGAAGCUUAUCAAGUGUUUACCAAGAUGUCUCGGAAAACAACUGUGUCUUGGACUAUCAUCAUCAUGGCUUUUGCAAAACAAGGUCUUGGGAAGGAAGCUCUUGAUCUGUUUAAAGAUAUGCUUAGUGAUGAUGUGGGGGAAAAUGGCGUAAAACCUGAUGGAACAACCUUCAUUGGAGUUCUUUGUGCUUGCAGUCAUGCAGGGUUUGUGGACGAAGGACGCAGAAUUUUUGAAUCGAUGAUACAUACUUGGCGAAUCAGCCCGAGGAUUGAACACUAUGGAUGCAUGGUUGAUCUCUUGAGCCGUGCAGGUUGCCUAGAUGAAGCAUAUGGACUUAUUGAAACUAUGCCUUUUAAGCCUAAUGAUGCAAUAUGGGGUGCCCUUCUUGGUGGCUGUCGAAUACACAAGAACUCAGAGCUAGCAUCACAAGUUGCAAAUAAGUUAGUUGCUGAGCUUGACAACAAUGAUCAAGCAGCAGGCUAUCUUGUGCUCUUGUCAAACAUAUAUGCUUUCGCCGAAAGGUGGCAGGAUGUCAUUUCAGUAAGACAAAAAAUGAUUGAGAUGGGUGUGAAAAAACCUCCAGGCCAAAGUUGGAUCCAAAUUAAUGGGGUUGUUCAUAACUUUGUUGUGGGUGAUAUGACUCACAAGCAUUCAUCUUUAAUCUAUGAAACCCUUUGCGAGAUUACCGAGCAAGCCCGUGUGGAAGGCUAUAAACCAGACAUAACUGAGGUUCUCUUGGAUGUUGAGGGAUAGGAAAUAUAUGAAGAACAUAAUGCAUUAAAGGGAUAACUGUUAACUCAGGUCAUUCUAAAGAUCUAAGUGCUUCCUCACAUACUCUCUAUAUAAACUAUGGAUUUUUAAUGCUUCACAGGUACGUCUGUAAGAUCAGCAAGGCAAGUAAUUGAUGCACUGAAUGCGGAAGGGAAAUAUUAGAUAGCAUACUAACUGAAGUUGACCUUCCAAACAAAAGGGCAUGAAGAUGUUGAAGUACAUAGCAUGGGGUAAACAAUUGCGCCGAAAAUUCUAUUAUAAAUUCUUCGGGACAACAUCUGCCAAGCAACAGAGUCACAGAUAGUAGCUUUGAUGGACAUUUUUCAUCUGGUCCAAAGAAGAGUGAACUAAGAAUUGGAAAGUCGUCAUCAGCCUUUUUCACUUAUGUAAAAGCCAACAACAACAAAGAGCAGCUUUGAAGAGAAUGCUCAUGAAGAACAAUAAUGGUUCUUCACAAGUGAGGGUGGAAGAUAUGAAUCAAACAUGUCCUCAAGAAUUACAAGAAAGGAAGAUCAUCCACAUGGGUUGGUGCGUCCAAGUAUCUCACUGUUACUUGUACAUGUGUAUUAGUAGAGCAUAACAUUGAGACACGAUUUAAAUUGUAAAUUGAAGAACAAAAAGAACCUCGGCCUAUUUGAGUGUUUUUUAAUAAUUGUAAUAACAAUAAAAUAGCCUAUUUAAGCUUGAAGACUAUUCAAUUCAAGAAUAUGGACGAAAUCCUUCACUAGUUU